UGAUAGUAAAUUCUUAUUCUAUCUUUAUUCUUCUGUUAUUUGCUAUUCUUGCAUCUUAUUCUAGAGAUAGUACUGAUUUCCGAAUUUUUAUCUUAUUUUUUUCUCAUUAUUUGUUUCAUUUGCUUUUAAUAUGUGAAUAUGAUUAUGAAUAUUAAUUGGACACAUUUUCAUUUUUUUUUCAAAAUUAUAUAAUAAAAUUAUAAUGUAAUAAUAUAUCUUAAUCUUUAAUAUAAAAAAUAUAGAUAUAUAUUCUCUUUAAAAAAUAUUUUUAAGAUAAUAAUUUCGCAAAAUAUAAUAUAUUCUAAUAUAUAUUAAAAUAUUGAAAAACAAUACCUGUUUUCACACUUAUAUAAAUUUAAUUAUGUAAAAUAUAAUACAAAAUAUAUUCUACAAAAUAUAUAUAAUAUACAUAAUAUACAUCUACAAAAUAUUUUGUAAUUGAAUAUUUAUUUUAUUAUCUAUUAUCUUGUUUUAUUUGUAAUUUUAUAUUCAUAUUUAGUUUCAAUUUCAAUCGUUAUUAAUAUUAUAUUCUUGUUUUAAGCUGAAUUAAUAACAUUGAGCAUAGUACUUAAAGAAGCAUUUAUCGCGGUAUCUACAUUCUAAAAACUUUUUAAAAAAAAACUAAAACAAAAAUAAUAUGCUCGCAUAAAUUAUUAAUAUAUGAUUUCUUAUUCGGUGUAAAUAUAAUUAUUAUAUCUAUUUUAUUUAAUUUAUGAGGAAAAAUUUCGUUAUUUUAUUCGUUUACAUUAUUCGUAUUCUAUUAUUUUGAUUAGCAAAUAUAAAACUUUUAUACUAUGAUUUUAUAUUUGAAGAUUAUAAAUCAACGAAAAAAUAGAUAUUUGUCAAGUAUUCAAUAUCAUAUCAAAACAUUUAAAAAUUAUCAUAUCAGAGAAUUGCAUAUAAAACAAAACACAUUCAAAAAUAAUUCUUAUGCAAAAUAUACAGCAUAUAUUACUGUUGCUACAUCUAUAUUAGGAUUAUAUUAUUAUAUAUCUUAUAAAAAUAUUUAUGCUUUAAAUGAAAAAUUUAUUCCAUGUGGAGAAUUCAGAAUAGAUUUAAAAACAUACAAUUUAGAAGAAGUAGCCAAACAUGAUAAUAAAGAAAAUCGCAUAUGGGUAACAUUUAAGCAAGGAGUAUAUGAUAUAACAGAUUUUAUUGAAAAACAUCCAGGUGGUUCUUCAAAAAUAUUAAUGGCAGCUGGAAGUUCAAUUGAACCAUUUUGGGUAAUUUUUGCUAAUCAUAACACACAAGAAAUAUAUGAGCUUCUUGAAUCAAUGAGAAUUGGAAAUAUUUCUAAAGAAGAUGCAAUAUUCAAUACAAUUAAUGACAAUGAUCCAUAUUCAAAAGAACCGAUAAGGCAUAAAGUUUUGAAGAUAAAUGGUGAAAAACCUUUUUGCGCUGAACCACCACCAUCUUUAUUGAUUGAAAGUUUUAUUACACCAAUGGAAUUGUUCUAUGUAAGAAAUCAUCUUCCUGUUCCUGAAAUAGAUUUGAAAACUUAUACUUUAGAACUAAUUAUAGAAGAAGUAACAAAAAAGAUUUUGAAAUUUGAAGACAUAAAAAAAUAUCCUAAAUAUACAAUAACAAGUGCUAUAAUGUGUGCAGGAAACAGAAGAUCAGAAAUGACAAAAGAAAAACAAUUAAAAGGACUUAAUUGGGGUAUAGGUGCUGUUGGUAAUGCUACAUGGACUGGUACAAGAUUAUGUGAUAUAUUAAAAGAUUUAAAAAUUAAAGAAGAUGAUUACAAUCAUAUACAGUUUGAAGGAUAUGACUUAGAUCCUUCUGGUACACCAUAUGGUGCAAGUAUACCUAUUAGUAAAGCAAUGGAUUCCAGAGCAGAUAUAAUUUUAGCUUAUGAAAUGAAUGAACAACCUAUACCAAGAGAUCAUGGAUUUCCCAUUAGAGUAAUUGUUCCAGGUGUUGUCGGAGCCAGGAAUGUAAAAUGGCUUGCUAAAAUAAUAGUUUCAAAAAAAGAAAGUCAAUCACAAUGGCAACAAAAUGACUAUAAAGUCUUUUCUCCCAAUACUGAUUGGGAUAAUGUAGAUUUUUCUAAGGCACCUGCUAUACAAGAAAUGCCUGUAAUUUCUGCAAUUUGCAAACCAGAACAAUCUGAAAUAAUUAAAGUAAUAAAUGGAAAAAUAAAUGUGAAAGGAUAUGCAUGGUCAGGAGGAGGUCGGAAAAUUAUUCGAGUUGAUGUAACAAAUGAUCAAGGUGAAACUUGGUAUACAGCUAAUUUAGAUGCUGAGGAUAAUAAUGCUAAAGUAGGUCGAUAUUGGAGCUGGACAUUAUGGAGUAUAGAUCUCCCUGUCAAGAAAGAAUUAAAAGAAAUGGAGAUAUGGACAAAAGCUGUAGAUGCAUCAUACAAUGUCCAACCAGAAAAUAUCAAAAAUAUUUGGAAUCUACGAGGUUUUCUUUGUAAUGCAUAUCACAAAAUUAAAGUUAAAUUAGAACAUUAAUAUUUCAACAUUAAUAUUCUUUUACAUAAUAAAAAAUAAAUAUUACUUAAAUAA